UGUGUACAUGUGUCUUGUUGCGUUGCCGCCUGCCAGCGCAAGAAUUAUGAGCAAUAUAUAUUAGAGCUCUCAGACUCUGCCAAAAGCUGCUCUGUUGUUGGGUGUUGAAUGAAUGUGCUUGUUUAAAACUCAAGAAAGGAAGCAGAAACCACGAGCCACAAGUCAUGAAGAGCCACGUGAAAAAAAAGGAUGAAAGUGUGAUCUGAUGGUGCAACCAUGACGAGAGUAGCCCUCGCUAAACUCCUCAUUCUCGUGAUCCUCGCAUUUAUCAUCUGCCUCCCAGAAUUCUUCACAUUAUACAAAGUGUUAAAAGUGAACUUCCUCUGCCUUCCCUACCGACCCUGUGAGCGAGGGAAUCAGAUGAAGAAGGGGGGAAAUGGGAAGCUUGGGGAUGCUGAAAUUAGGAGAAAGGAUAUGUGUGUCCCUUUACAGACCUCAAAAGGUGAUAAGUGGGAGCAGGACUGCACUCAAGAGCAUCAACGCAACACAACAGAUCAUGAGUCAGACUCCAGGAGAGCAGAUGAAGACCCAGCAAAGAGCUGGUUCAUGUGUGAGACAGAUAUGGACAUGGCAGAAUUACACAGCAACAUCUCAUCUUCAGCUGCAGAAGUGCAUCUGGAGGUGUCAGUGGAGCUUCAACUCAGAGAUGAAGAGACCCUGAAUCUCACCUUGUACGGCCGCAAUAAUCAAAGCUUCUUACACCUCCACCCACCUGAGGAGGGGGAGGAAGAGGAGGAUAAGAAAGAUGAUGAAGGACAGAGGACCGCAUUUUACUGCUGUCUCCCUGUUCCGCCCACCUCGGAGUCAGCCAAUCAAAGCCGCUGUCUCCUUUGGCUCGCCAAUCAAACAGUUUUGACUGCAACAGCGAAGGAAAAGCUGCCAUGGAAACGGACACAGAAAGGUCGGUGUCAGGAUGAGAGAGCUCUUUGUUCCCCGCACGGUCACUGUGGCUUUACUCGAAGAUUGGAGAGAGGAGAGGAAUGA